AUGGCUUCUGAGCUGUCCGUGAUCCUUCCUCGUGUUCUCAUCGUCUCUAGACGUAGCGUCCGCAAAAACAAGUUUGUGGAUUUUGUUGGUGAGUAUCAUCUUGAUCUUAUAGUAGGCUAUGGUGCAGUGCCAGUUAUCGUGCCCCGUGUUAGUGGGGUGCAUAUGUUGUUAGAUAGUUUUGAGCCUAUCCAUGGUGUUCUUCUUUGUGAAGGAGAAGAUAUCGAUCCAUCUUUGUAUGAAACUGAGGCAUCUAAUCUUUCACUUGAAGAAUUGGAAGAAAUCAGAAAACUUCAUGCAAGUGAUACAGCUAUUGAUAGAGAGAAAGACUCAAUUGAGUUAAGGCUUGCAAAACUUUGCCUUGAAAGAAACAUACCUUACUUGGGAAUUUGCAGAGGCUCACAAGUUCUAAAUGUUGCUUGUGGGGGCUCCCUUUAUCAAGACAUUGGGAAAGAGGUUUCAAGGAAGUGUCAGGAAUCUCAAAGAGUGAAGCACAUUGAUUAUGAUAAUUAUGAUGGGCAUAGACAUGUGGUUAAGGUGGCAGAAAACACCCCUUUGCAUGAUUGGUUCAGGGAUUCUUUGGAAAAAGAUGGAAUGGAGAUUUCAGUUAAUAGUUAUCACCACCAGGGUGUGAAUAGAUUAGCCCAAAGAUUCGUGCCUAUGGCGUUCGCACCAGAUGGAUUGAUUGAAGGGUUUUAUGAUCCUGAUGCUUAUAAUCCUGAAGAGGGUAAAUUCAUAAUGGGUCUGCAAUUCCAUCCAGAGCGAAUGAGGCAGGAUGACACCGACAAGUUCGAUUAUUCAGGAUGCCCAAGGGCCUAUCAGGAUUUUGUGAAGGCUGUGAUUGCUUAUCAGAAGAAACUUAACAAUACUACAUCUGUGCCAAAGCCUCUAAAGCUAAAUCAAGCAAUGGAGAAGAAAAGGAAAGUUAUAGUUAGAAGUUUCUCACUUGCAAAAAUCAUAUACGCUACUGGCCAAGAAAUGAAUCCAUCAAAAGAAUCAGAACUACAAGCUGGAGCAGAAUUCCUAGAGUCAAACACAGCUUUGAGCUUGCAACAAGAAAAUAGAUUGAAGCAGAUGGGUGCAACAGUGAGGGAUGCAGGUUCCUACAUUGAAAGAAUGAAGAUGAAUGAGGAGAGGGAAAAAUUGGCAAAAAAUGUGAUGGGAAAAAUGUCUGUAGAGCACUUGUCUGACUUGUUGUCUUUUUACCACAUGAUGGGCCAGAUUUGCUCAGAAGUUUUAGAAAGAAAGCUGAAUAGCCUUGUCCAUGACAUUGGUUCUUGA